UUUCUCGCGCACGUUUGCGCGCCCGGGAGGCCAGCCUCCUCCGCGAGUUCGCGAGUUCGUGGCUCAUCUGAGACGGUCCCGCUCGAUCGAUGCCGCCUGCGGUGCCCGUGGUUGUCCCACGAGGACCUGCAAUUGGGCGGGCGUCGGUUUCCCGACUUCGAGGUCAGAAUUGAGACCAACCCCAGACGCGUUUCCUGGACGAAUACUUCCCGGCGGGGGCGUCCGGCCAGCGGCCAAGAUGUCGUCAGUGGGGAAGGUGACCCAGGUUCAGAACGGGAACGUCUACCAUCAGAUCUUCCAGGCUGAGGUGCAGCUGGUCCAAUCCCUGGCAGCCACUAGGAAGUGGGCUGUGGAGCGUUCUUUGACCCCAAAGAAUGUCAGGACACCCAUGAUCAAGAAGGUGGAGAUUCCUGAAGGAGAGUUGUUGUCUCCUCGGCAGCAGAAGUGGGUGCACAGCCUCCCCAAUGACUGGGUCACAGAAAACCCAGUUCUAUACAGGGAAAAGGAAAUAGCCAAGAGGGAAAAAGCCCAAGACAGCGAGAGCACCAUCGCUGCCCGAGAAGUGCGGGGCCUCAUGGACACCAUCGUUCCUGAGAAGAAAAGCAGCCUUCAAGGGCGAGAAGACGCCAAGAGGAGGAGCCACGAGCUCGCCCUGGCGAGCUUUCAGGAGGAGAUCGCGCAGAUUGCGGUGGAAAUGGAACCUCUCAUCUUGGAGAAAGGGGGACUUUUUUUGAAAAAGCUGUCCAAAUCUAAUGAUGACAUUGAACAUCUCUUCAAAAAGGUGGAAAAUGACACCAGCCUUGAGGAUUUCACCAUCCAAACCCUGUGGGAGCUGCGGGACAAGAUGGCCGAGAUGUUCCUGCUCCAGAAGCAGGCGAUUAAGGAGCUGGAUGAAGCCCUGCACUCGCUGGAGUUCUCCCGAGCCGACAGACUAAAAUGUGUGUUGAAGAAAUACAUGGGAAUCAUAGAGAAAACUUCCUACCUGGUGCAGCCCGACGUGUACAGGCUGAUAGAUAAAGAAGCCAUGGUCAUGAACCAUGCCCUGCUGGGCAACCGGAGGGCCAUGGCCCAGCUGUUUGUCAACCUGAUGGAGGCCACCCUGCAGCAGGAACUCUACAGCCACCACCACUGGCAGUGCCUGGUGGACUCCUGGAAGGCUCUCAAGAAGCAGGCCUUGCAGCAAAGUUUCAGUGAGUUCUUGGCCAGUGAGAAUAUCCAGACUCCUGGGGCUGUGAAGGCGGAGCUGGAGGCCAUGCUGAAGACCCAGAACACCCUGCAGCAAAAGCGGCUGGAGCACCUCUUUACUAUCUGCGACCUCCUGCCCCCUAAUUACAACAAAGCUCAGCUGACUGAGUGGCAUUCUUCUCUGAACUCCCUGAACGAGCAGCUCGACAGCUACCACGUGGGCUGUGUGAUGCGGAUCCGCUUACUGUAUGAGAAGACCUGGCAGGAUUGCCUGGCCCACGUGCAGCACUGCAAGGAGCAGCUGCUGGACUGGAAAGCCUUCACUGAGGCGGAGGCAGAGGCCCUGGUGAACCCGUCCUUCUUCCAGAUGGUGGGAGUGGUCCAGAGCAAGGUGGAGAAGGAGCUGGAGCUCUUGGACAAAUCCUUUGAGGCCCUGGCAAAGCAGACGGAAUGGCAGAGCUCGGGCCUGUUCAGCUACGUCCAGGAGGCCGUGCAGCUGUGGGAGGCCCACAGGAGGAAGCUGUCAGUGCAGGAGCUGGAGCUCGACAAGAGGGUGGAGCAGCACCGACAGUUGCACAGCCUGGAGAAGGAGGCCCAGGAGGCCCAACUCGAUAAGCUCUUGGACAAACUGAGGCAGCAAAGCCAUGAAGAGAAGUUGGCGUUAUACCUGGAAAAAGCCAAAGAUUUUCUGAAGAACAUGAAAUGCAGGUAUGAAUGUUUUCACACUCUCCUGAAAAAGGAAGUGAUGGAAUACCCAGAGAUCAUACUGAAAGAACUCAACUCCUACAGCUUCACCCUCAGCCAACACUUCUUCGUCCGGGAAAUCUUUGAACAGAACCUGACUGGGGAAAUCAUUUUCAAAUUCAGGCAACCAGAAGCACACGAAAAGCACUUUCAGCGGAGAAUGAGAAAACUGAGGAAGACACAGAAGGCUGAAAUGGAAAUGACCAAAGGUGAGGAAAGCGUAAGUCAAGGGACGAGCUCCACCAGGCCAGCAGAAGAGAUGGAAGAAGAAAAAGAUACAGCAAUGGGGUCCUCCACCACCGAAGAGGAGCUGAGCCAGAAGAAAAGAUCGCACAGUGACAGGACGGAUGAGUCCAGAGGGGGCUCUGUUCAAGGAUCAGAAGAAAUGCGAGUUGAAAGGAGCUGCUCAAAGCCAUCCCCAAACCAGGAAAGUGAGAUGGCUCAAGAAGAGGAGGAGGAGGAGGACAAGCAGGAGGAGACCUCGGAGGAGGGGGAUGAAGAGGAGGAAGAUGAGGGGGCGAAUGAAGCACAGGACAGUUUCUCUGCGGAUGAGGCUGGAGCCAAGGAAGAGAGUCUGGAGGAAAUCUCCUGUGAGGAUAUGGAGUACUUCACAACUUCCAGUGGAAACACUUACUUUGUCUUCCUAUCUCUGGAAGAAGAAGAAGAAAAGAGUUGCAGGAGGACCCAUUCCAACUUGAACCUGCUCAUCAAUGACACUUCCAGUGCCAAGUUCAUAGAACAAGUGGUAGUUCCAUCCAGACUCGUUUUAGAAAUUAAGAAACAAAUUCGAGCUGGCUUCUUCGAGCACCUCGAAAAGUGGUUUGACCAAUGUGCCCUCAAUGCCGGGUUCUUCGUGGCCACCAAGAUUGAUGAACUGAAUUCAGAACUCGAGCUGCAUCUGCACCUGCACCAGCCAAGAGCACAGCACAUUGAAAAGGACAUCCAUGACGUCAGGGCAGCCGAGCUCUUGCUUCAUCGAGAGCAGCUGGACAGCCACUGUGCCGGGAUGACCGAGAUACUAAACAAGGAGAGGCUGAUGUUCUGCCAGUUCCAAGAAGAGCAAAACACCAGGAGUAAAAACUUCCACCGCAAGAUUCACGACAUGGAGCAUAUCUUCUUGAACGCCACGAAGAGCCAAAAGCUGUUCAUUCUCAGCAGUACGCUGCACCGGGAACUGCUUAGCUAUGUCGAUGUCAUCCAGUUGUCCCUGCGCAGCUUCAGACAGUACUUGGAGGAGAGUCUUGGCAAACUCCACUACACCAACAUCGAGUUCAUCAAGCACUGCAGACUGUUUUCGGAGGGAGGCAACUUUUCUCUUGCAGAAAUUGACUCAUUGUGCCAUCGACUGGAGAAGGAAGCUGCCCAGAUAGAGUCUGUUGAAAGUUUAAUCAUGACCGAUAUGGAGAAGAUGGAAAAUGACUACCUGGACCAGGUGACAAAAUCCAACUUGCAAACAGAUGGAUUAAAUUCUUCUCUGGCACAGCUUCAACGCAAAAUAGAAGCUUGUUGCAACUCAAAGGGAGAUAAAACAAUGGGGACCGCAGAAGACCUCCUUGGCGUUGUCCGAACCUGGAAAGAAAAACUAAGCCAGAGGAUUCAGUACCUCAACUGCAGGCUGGACAUGGUGGCCGAGACUCAAGUGGUCUUUACUCAAGACAAUGUUUUGACUGAUGUGGAUGUAGAAAGUGACAUCCUGGUAACUUCAGAAGCCCUUGAAGAAGAGGCCAAGACAGACCCAGUCACCCCUGAGUCCUUCGCCCAGCCGAGUCGCAUGGGGAAACCCAUGACUGAAGACCCAGCCGUGGAGGUGGUCAAGAAGAUCCUGCAAUUUUCCAGCAUAAAAUGGUCAGCCCAGCAGUGUGACAAAGAUCAGUCCCAGACAGGUAGGGGCAAGCAGGUCUGAGGGUCUUGGGGCAACCGGUGGUGGGGAAGCUUGGCACUGUGUGGCCCAUCCUCACCUCCUGUCCUCUGCUCUUGUUCUGGGCACUCGUCACCCAAAGGCUUCAAGCGAUAUCGGUGCCGGGCAGAAAACUCUGUGAAGAAGGCCUUGCCCAGCACCAGCGCCACAUCGGCAGGGAGCAUCACACGGCAUUCCAAGCCGAACAAAAUGGACAGAAAGUACCAGGUGCUCGGGGACAAACCUCCUCCUUCGGCCAAGGACUUUAAAGGGAUCGUCCUGAGCCUCCUCUGGGAGAGCAAUGACCACCUGCUGACUGUCAUGGAGGAUUUUUACCGCAAAGAGAAGCACCCCGUCACCAGGCCUGACUGCAUGUAUGAAACCUUUGACCAGUGCGCUGAGAACGUCGGCAAGAAGAUCCUGGAGUACCAGAGCCAGACAGACGAGUACCACAACUCCUGCCUCAUGGAAUUACGGGUCCAGAUGAGGAGAUUUGAGGAGCUGCUGCCCCAGGUGUGUUGGUUACUGACAGAGAAUUUCAAGGAGUACCACUGGAAAAAGUUUUCUUCCUCCAUGAAAGAGAUGCAGGAACAGUUCGAGGAAAAGCAGAAGGAGUUGGAGAAAAGGAAGGAUGAAAAUGCCCAGAAGCUCCAUCCAAAUCUUGGACACCCCACAUAUUUCCAAGAAAUGGAGUCUCUACACACAGUGGAAGAAAAAAGACAGGAAGAGCUGGACAAAUUGAUUGGGAUGAACAGGGAGAAGCUGGAGGAAUUCACCAGGAAGUACGGCCAGUUUUUCAUAGCCAGCUUGGCUGCCUUCACUGAGAAAUUCCUGCUGCAGCUGGAUGAAAUAGUCACCAUUGACGAUAUCAAGGUUCCAAGUAUGGAGCCCCCCAAGCAGAAAACAUCAGUCCUCAUACGGAGGAAACUCGCUGGGCUCUCACUGGAGGAAGAGAGCGAGAAGCCCCUGAUAGAGCGUGGGAGCAGGAAGUGGCCAGGAAUCAAGCCCACUGAUAUCACCAUCCAAAACAAGAUUCUCCUCCAGAAAACAUCCUCAGUAACCACCACCAAAACGACCCUGGGCCACCUGGCGGCCGUGGAAGCCCGAGAUGCUGUGUACCUGAAAUAUUUAGCAUCAUUUGAGGAGGAGAUGAAAAAGAUCCAGGACCACGCCACGUUGCAGGUGAAGGAGGCUCAGCGCUGGAAGGACAGCUGGAGGCGCUCCCUGCACACCAUCCAGGGCCUGUACUUGUGACACCCCCCACCCCACCCCAAAUAAAGGCUUGUUUUGUACAGAC